AGCCUUUAGGAUCGCAAUGCGACAUAUAUAGAUUGCCCUCCCCGGUGGAUAACAAUUGGACCUAGAAAUUUACUCCUACAAAUCUAGCAUUCUCCGAAAUCCACGUUACAAUUAAACAGAGAGCGUCUAAAAUGUCAUCUACCAUCCACGCCCGCUGGCUGCGACAAACCCGUUUCCUCUCCACCCACUCCCGACCUUCAAACCCAACCACACCAAUCCACACCCUGCGCAUCCGAACCACACCACAUCCACGAAGCAGACGCUUCCAAUCCACCAAACAACCCUCCCCUCCCAACUCAACCUCCGAGUCCCAAGCCCGCCAAACCCGCCGCUUCGACGCCAUCCUCACACGCACAAGCCGCUGGCUCCCCAAGCGUCUUCGGCCAUACCUCGAAAAACUGCGCUCGGCGCCCUUCUCGCACGUAGCCGCGUUCCUCGUGCUCCACGAAAUCACAGCCGCAGUCCCGUUGCUCGCACUCGCAUACGGCUUCCACCGCGCAGACUGGGUGCCGACGGCAUGGGUGCUCGGGCCGUGGGCGGCCUGGGCAGAGGAGGGGCUGUCGCGGUAUAUGCGCUGGUUCCGGAAGAAAGGCUGGUUUGGGCUGGGGGACGAGGCGGAUGGGGGGAAGGAGGGGGAGGAGAAGUUGGAGAGGAGGUUGAAGGCGGAGAUGGAGAGGGAGAAGGAGAAGGGGAGGAGUGGGGGGAGUUGGUUUGGGUCUUGGAGGAGGCGGAAAGGUGAGGAUGGUGUUGAUGGUACAUCCAUGAGUGAAGAACAUGUAGAUGGAGCUGGGAAGGGCAAGGGUGCAAAGGCUUGGAGGAAGGUUAAGGAUACGGUCACAGCCGAGAAUACGGAAAAGGGGUAUAAGAUUGGCAUACAAAUUGCCGCGGCCUACGCAAUAACAAAAGCGUUGCUAAUACCAAGGAUAGCAAUUAGUCUAUGGGCGACCCCUUGGUUAGCUAGGGGGUUUGUAACCGCGAGGCGCUCCUUGUGGAAAAAGCGUAGCUAAGAAUAAAGCCACUCCCAUCCGAUUAUGCAAAUGUAAUAUCACGGAUAGAGGCCCUUAUUUGUCUAUAAUUCUUAGUUUAUUGCAAUGUGCACUUUUUGUCUGAUCUGACUACAUGGUCUUGUCUGUU